AUGUAUGAUUCAGAUGAGGAAACAUCUUUGCAGGUAUUGAAAAUGAAGCCUGCAGACUUAUCAAAGCAUUGUGCUGGGCCACUCGCUGAACAGCUUUUGACAGUAGCUCCCAUGCGAAUAGAAGUAGAAAAGGGACCUGAGACUGAGAGGGUUGAACUCUUAAAUCAGAAGAGCAAAGUGAUGAACCCGCCUUGCCCCGGGUCCAAAGGACUGAAAAUAUUGCUACUGACUAAUCAUUUCAAAGUCUCUGUUGCUGCUAAGAUUCCUGACUUCUACCAUUACAAUGUUUCCAUCUUGCAUGACAAUGGGAAGCUUGUUGGCAGUUCAAACCUUAGAAGAAAGGUUAUAGCUCAAGCCCAUGAGACAUACAAAUCAGAACUAGCUGAAAAAUCAUUUGCAUAUGAUGGAUUUAAGAACUUAUAUACAGUUGGUUGUCUCCCACGAAAUAAUCUGGACUUUGUUGUUGUGCUUAACGCCAUCUCGCUAAAAAGAGUUUCUGGAGGAGGUAAUCUUAGCGGCAAAGAGAGUCCCUGUGAAAAUGAUCAAAAGAGGCAUAGGCUUAUGUCUUCAGCCAAAACUUUUAAGAUACAAAUGAGCUUUGUGGCAACCAUUUCUACACAGCAGAUUACGAAUACAACAAGCGAACAAGGACCAGAGAAGCAUGAAGGCCUGAAAGUCUUAGAUACCAUUUUAAGGCAACAUGCAGCUAAACAGGAAUAUCUUGUUCUUCGCCAAUCAUACUUCUCAAAUGACUCAAAGAAUUUCAUGGACUUGGGUGGUGGCGUUUUUGGUUGUAGAGGUUUCAGUUCAAGGUUUCAGGAUCUCCAGGGUGGAUUAUAUUUGAAUUUUGAUGUGACUACUACAACAAUUGUUCAGCCUGGUCCAGUGAUUAAUUUUCUCAUCAGCCACCAAAAUGUGAGCGAUCCCUUCAAGGUUGACUGGUUGCAGGCAAAACGAACAUUAAAGAAUUUAAGGAUAAAGGUAGCGCACAACAACCGUGAAUGGAGAAUCACUGGGCUUUCAGAGAAGUCCUGCAAGCAAGAGAAAUUUUGGUGUAAACUAGAUGGAGGAAGUAAUCAAGUUGCUCUUCUCCAACAAAAAGAAAUGACGGUAUAUGAUUAUUUUACUAAAGUGCUUGGCAUUUCAUUGACUUACUCUGCAGACCUGCCAUGCAUCGAUGCUGGAAAACCAUGCAGACCAACUUAUUUUCCAGUUGAGCUCUGUUCAUUGGUUUCUUUGCAACAUUAUAAAAAAGCAUUGACCAAUCAUCAGAGGAGAAUGAGGGUAUCAAAAUCAAGCAUACAGCCAGAAGAAUUAUACUUGGUUUUGACAAAUGAACUGAGGCACUGUAAUUACAAUGCGGAUCCACUGUUGCUUUCUUGUGGCCUUUCAAUUUCUAAUAGUUACACCCAAGUUGAAGGUCGUGUAUUAUCAGCACCCAGGUUGAAAGUGGGAAACAAUGAAGAUCUUAUUCCUAGAAAUGCCUCAUGGAGCUUUAAAGAUAAGAAGCUCGUGGAACCAAAAAGAGUUCAGUGCUGGGCAGUGGUAAACUUCUCUAGUCAGCAUUACACCCGCAAUUUCUGUCAAGAGUUGGCAAAACUUGGUGCAAAGAUAGGAGUGACAUUGGAUCCCCCAGUAUGUGUCUUUGAAGAGAAUCCCCAAUACAGAAAGAAACCACCACAUGUUAGAGUGGAGAAGAUGUGUGAGCAAAUAAGCUCAAAAGUUCGCAACAACCCUCUUUACUUUGUGCUUUGUUUCUUAUCUGAGAAACGACAGAGUCCUCUAUAUGGUUAUUGGAAAUGGAAAAGCCUGGCAGAGGUUGGAGUUCCAAAUCAGUGCCUUGCAAAUGAUAGAGUUGAUGAGAGUUAUCUGCUGCAUGUUCUUUUGAAGAUUAAUGCAAAACUCGGUGGCUUUAAUACAAGAUUAGCUUCUGAGAUGACAAGAACCAUCCCUUGGGUAUCGAAGAUUCCUACAAUGAUUUUGGGAAUGGAAGUCAUGCCAUGUGUCGAUGGGCAGUCAGAGCUACCUCCCAUUGCCGCAGUGGUUGGCUCUAGACAAUGGCCAUCAAUUUCCUGCUAUAGAGCAUCUAUUCAUACGCAGACUAGGAACGACCAAAUGAUGGAUUCACUGUUUAGGCAAGUGUCCCAACAGGAGGACAAGGGAAUGAUCAGGGAGCUACUGAUGGAUUUCUAUGCAAGUUCAGGACAGAAAAAACCUGCACAAAUCAUCAUUUUCAGGAAUGGACUCAGCACAACACAGUUCAAUCAACUUCUAAACAAUGAGAUGGAUCAAAUUUUCAAGGCAUGCAAAUUGCUUGAUGAGACCUGGUGUCCUAAGUUCACUUUGAUUAUAUCAGAGAGAUCACAUCACACAAAAUUCAUUAAAGCUUCUCCCGUUGACAAUGUUCCUCCUGGAACUGUUGUGGACAAAAAGAUUUGUCAUGCAAAAUGUAACAACUUCUUCUUGUGCCCCCAUAUAGCUAAGAAGGGAACAGCAAGGCCUACUCAUUAUCAUGUUCUGUUAGAUGAGAUUGGUUUCUCAUCUGAUGAAAUACAGGAACUUAUUCAUUGUUUAUCAUAUGUGUACCAGAAAAGCACGACUGCCAUUUCCGAAGUUGCUCCAAUCCGCUAUGCACGCUUGGCUGCAGCUCAGAUGUUAGAGUUGUUCAAGUCUGAUAAAACAAGGAAGAUGUAUCCAGGAAACCGAAUUCCAUCCCCUUCAGAACUUCCCAAGUUGCACAAGGAUGUGCGUUCCUCAAUGUUCUUCUGUUGA